CGAAUACGCAGUCUGGCCGUGCGGUGCGCGACACACAGACGCCCGCGUCCAUCGCCGCUGUCGUCGUUGUCGUCGUCUCGUCGACGAGACACCGCCGCGCGUGCCGAAACGCCGAUUGGCAUCGAAAACCCGCCGUCUGUGUCGAUCCACACGACAUACUGUUAUUGUUUACAAUCGAUCAGACGUGUUCCCGUAUUGUGAUUAUACGUCGGCGUGCGCGUGUACAACACAAUAACAAAACAAUUCCGGAGAACACGUUCCCGUCCGCGCCUUCCCGAUUUACGUUCCGAUCGCUGGCGUUUUCCGCCGUCGCGUUCACUCGCUGCCGUCGACUUUGUCGUCUCUGUCGUCGCCGUGUGUAGGGUGUACGACGCGCGCGCGACAUGUCCGACAAUCCUAACGGCGCCGCUUCUGCCGAGCAACCGGUCUGUACCGAGGCCACGCCGCAGCCGGUACAGCAGCAGCUUGACGAGGGUGCCCGACCGUCGCCAGCUAGACAGCACCACCAGAACGGCGGUUCGCCGGCGGCCGCCAUGGCCGUGGUCGCCCCGUCACCGGAUACGCCGCGGAAGAGAGGUGAUGUUAAAGAUGAAACGUACUCGUCCGAAAACAAUAGAAACUCUGGUUAUGAAACGAAUUUAUACCUCUAUUCUGAUGAAAUGGAUGACCGGCCGCGGGUGCCCACUUUCCUCAACUCGAUCGCCGAUUACUCGAACACCAUCCCGAAUUUGGCGGAGUCUGACACUAAGUCAACCACUGCCAAACAGGGAUCGUCCAGGAUGGGCACGCUGGUCGGCGUCUACCUGCCGUGCGUACAGAACAUCUUCGGAGUCAUUUUGUUCAUUCGGCUAUCGUGGGUUGUCGGCACGGCAGGCGUCGUCUACGGGUUUGGAAUCGUGUUCACCUGUUGCUGCGUGACAAUGUUAACUGCUAUCUCUAUGAGUGCCAUAGCCACGAACGGUGUUGUGCCUGCUGGCGGGCCGUACUUCUUGAUAUCCAGAUCGCUGGGUCCCGAGUGCGGGGGAGCUGUCGGUAUGCUCUUCUACACCGGUAUCACACUGGCCGCGUCCAUGUACAUCAUCGGAGCAGUUGAAAUCAUACUCACGUACAUGGCGCCAACCUUAUCGAUUUUCGGCGACUUCACCAAAGACAGCGGUAUAAUGUACAACAAUUUCCGCGUAUACGGGACAAUAUUGCUGAUGGUCAUGAGCUCGAUCGUAUACGUCGGCGUGAAGUUUGUCAACAAAUUUGCGUCCGUGGCAUUGGCCUGCGUGCUGUUGUCCAUAUUGUCUGUAUACGUGGGCAUUUUUUAUAACUUCCAUGGCAGCGAUAAACUUUACAUGUGCUCGCUUGGUAAUCGGCUGCUGAAAGAUAUGGAUUUGAAAUACUGCACUAAAGCGGCGGGUAGUUACUUGCACAACAUGUACUGCGCCAAUGGAACCGGACCGUGCGAUAGCUACUUCGAAAUGCAUAACACAUCAAUUGUAAAAGGCAUCCGGGGCAUUAGCAGUGGUGUUUUCUUCGAAAAUAUCUAUGGUAACUUUUUGGAAACUGGACAGUACAUAGCCAGAGGUCAUAGUCUAGACGAUAUCCAGCCAUUGAGUAAGAAUACAUAUAACAUGGUAAUGGUAGAUAUCACCACAACAUUCACUAUACUUAUUGGUAUAUUCUUUCCGUCCGUAACUGGAAUCAUGGCCGGUUCUAAUAGAUCUGGAGAUCUAGCAGAUGCACAAAAAUCAAUUCCCAUUGGUACAAUAUUAGCUAUUCUGAGUACAUCGUCGGUUUACCUGUCUGCCGUUCUACUAUUCGGAGCCACAGUCGAUAAUUUACUACUUAGAGACAAGUUUGGUCAAAGUAUUGGAGGACGUCUGGUAGUGGCUAAUAUAGCAUGGCCAAACGAAUGGGUGAUUUUGGUGGGAGCGACACUGUCGACUUUGGGAGCCGGACUUCAGAGUCUCACCGGAGCACCGAGGCUGUUACAAGCUAUAGCCAAGGACGACAUCAUACCGUUCCUGCGGCCGUUCGCCAAGUCUUCAGCGUCUGGCGAACCCACUAGGGCUCUGCUGUUGACCGUAGCUGUAUGUCAGUGCGGUAUACUGAUUGGAAAUAUCGAUAAUCUCGCUCCACUCUUGGCCAUGUUCUUAUUGAUGUGUUACGCGUUCGUCAACUUGGCGUGCGUCUUGCAGACGCUGUUGCGCACACCAAACUGGAGACCUAGGUUUAAGUACUAUCAUUGGACACUGUCGUUCACCGGACUCGUGUUGUGCAUUGCUGUCAUGUUUAUGUCAAGUUGGUAUUUCGCGCUGUUAGCUCUGGGCAUGGCGGGAGUAAUUUAUAAAUACAUCGAGUAUCGAGGAGCCGAAAAGGAAUGGGGCGAUGGUAUGCGUGGUUUGGCCUUGUCAGCUGCGAGAUACAGUUUGCUACGACUGGAAGACGCGCCACCGCACACCAAGAACUGGCGCCCGCAAAUUCUCAUGUUAGUCAACUUCAACGCCGACCUGCCAAAAUACCGUAAGAUAUUCUCACUAGUGUCUCAACUCAAGGCGGGUAAAGGGCUCACGGUGAGCGCAACUGUCAUCGAGGGCGAUUACAUCAAGAAAACUGGUCAUGACGUACAGUCUACCAAGAAAGAACUAGUUAGGUUGAUGGACGAGGAAAAGGUCAAAGGAUUUGCGGACGUUUUAGUCUCUAAUAACACGUCAGAGGGACUCAGUCAUUUGAUACAAAUCGCUGGACUUGGAGGAUUAAAACCCAACACCGUAAUUUUAGGCUGGCCAAACAGCUGGCAACAAUCUGAGAACGACCGAUCUUGGCAAGUGUUUCUACACACUAUCCGUAUCGUAACAGCUGCUAAGAUGGCCUUAAUUGUACCCAAAGGCAUAAGAUCGUUCCCAGACUCGGCGACAAAGCUGUCAGGCACAAUCGAUAUUUGGUGGAUCGUUCACGACGGAGGCAUUCUGAUGCUCAUACCUUUCUUGUUAAAACAACACAGGACCUGGAAAAACUGUAAAUUGAGAAUAUUCACUGUAGCACAGACCGACGAUAAUUCUAUUCAGAUGAAAAAAGAUCUAAAAACGUUCUUAUACCAACUCAGAAUACCAGCAGAAGUCGAAGUGGUUGAAAUGACAAAUAACGAUAUAUCAGCUUAUACAUAUGAAAGAACGCUGAUGAUGGAACAACGAAAUCAAAUGUUAAGGGAGCUCAGACUUAAUAAGAAAGAAAGCUUUGGAAUGAUGCGUAAUAUCAUAGAUUUCAAUCGAGAAACACCGACGGGAGAGAAUACACCAUUGGUACAAUCCAUAAUAGACCAGCAUCAUAGAAAGGACGCGUCAGAAGGAAGAUCGGCUCCUAAAGUACGUUUCCAGGAAGAAACCAGUGCGGACGACGAAGCGAAAAAAUCAAAACCUGCCGAAUGUGCAUUCGAUGUCGAUGAUAAACGAACUGGCAAUGGUGAGAAAUCAGGAGUGUUAAAGGAUUCGCUACCAAAGGAGACAACAGAUUCUUCAACAUCGACAAUGCGACCAGACGAAGAUAAUGUGAGAAGGAUGCACACAGCUGUUAAAUUGAACGAAGUCAUUGUCAGUAGAUCGAGAGACGCUCAAUUGGUUAUAUUCAACUUACCAGGACCGCCUAAAGACACCAAAUUAGAGAGAGAAUCAAACUACAUGGAAUUUUUAGAAGUGAUGACCGAAGGCCUCGACAAAGUGCUGAUGGUGAGAGGCGGUGGUCGCGAAGUGAUCACAAUUUAUUCAUAAGUAACCUGAAGCUCACGUCUCGUCCGUCAGGUACGAAUUUUUAUACUUGUUUACACUAAUUUUAUGUUGGCCGGCAACUUUCUCAACACGCCAGGCGUCUAUCGAAUGGUUUUGUUUUUUAUUUCAAAUGUUUUGUUUGUUUUUUAGUAUUAUUACGUUAAACAAAUUGUUGCACAUAAUAUAAAAUUGUUCAUUGUAUUUGAUAAAAAUCAUUAUCACUGUUUUCUAAAAUUAUGGUUAUUGUUAUAAUUUACUCGUAUGCCCUCAUAUAGGCACUUAAGCUUAAAAUUAUAUAUAUUAUUAUAUGUAUUUACAUAGGUUUAUAUUAAAUGUGACCUUUAAAAAACAAUGCGACACCAACAACAUUUGUCGGACUUUUUUAUAUUCAAUUUAUCAAAAUCGGCUUUAAUACUUAGUUUAAUUUAGGCGGACGAAUAAAAAAAAAUGAAAAAAAUGAAAAAAAAAGCGCGUAGGAAUUUGUUCGUCCUAUACCUAUUUGGUGAUUCGUCUUCUCGAUAGUAUUGACUUAAAUAAAUAGUGCGUUGGGCGUAGCAUUGUUUUACGAGGCUGUAUUUUUUUUUUGUUUUUUUUUUUUAGUUUGUUUGCUGUACAUAUUUAAGGAAAAUUGAUUAUUAUUUAGUAUAUUUACGAACAUAACAUUUCGUCAGCUGUUCAACAUUUUAAACCAUGAAAUCGCAUUUACACCACCGUUUUGAGUUGCGAUCGCGUAUUUCUACUUAAAUCUUAAGGUUUAUUGAAACCCAAUGGGGCCGUUCUACUUAAACUUGUUGACCCGAAAUAUCAUAACAUGCCUAACACUACCAUAAUAAUUAUUCUACUACCCACAUUAUUACAAUUAACAUUAUGUUAUGAUAACAACAUAAUAAUUCACUGCCAAUUUCAACUGUAACACCUGUGAAUUGUAAAUGAAAAGAGACUAUCGGAAUACUAUUAUUUCUUCGAUGUUAUUAGAUGUUGUCGUUUUUUUCAUGCGUAAAAUCAAUUAAUUUUAUCAUCCUGUUAAAUACGCCAAACAAACGCAAUGUAAUGGUUACCGUAAACACCGACCAAACAACCAACAUGGUUAUUUGCCUUGUCGUCUGUAUUUUGUGUUAUUAGCCUAUUUGAAUAGUCGUUGUAUAAAUUGUAACUUUUAUUUGCCGACAUUCCUUAACACAAAAAUUCUUCACAAUAAUUGACUGCUGUUCCAAUGAGAUAUUAUUUUACAACAUAUUGUUGUUAUGGUUGUCAAUAUACUAUUUAAAGUUUAAACAAAUAUUUACUGAUAUUAAAAUAUUUAUAUUAUAAUAUUUCGUCUGUAAUUUUACUCUAAUAUAUUUUUUCUUUUUUUAUUUAUCUCGUAAGUAACACCAUUAAUUUUUUUUUGUGAUUAUUUAUUUAUUAUUAUUUUUUAGAAUAUUUUAACAAAAAAUUGUAUCUAUAUAAUUAUUGUUUUUGUUUUGUUAUUAUUAUAUAUAAACAAUAGUUUAAAAAUAAUGUUAAUGAACAAAAUAUUAUUAAUUGGUUAAAAACAUAAGUUGUUAAGUAAUCGAUUUCCUUAUGUUGUUAAAUAAAUAACCGAGUUAUGGCAUUGGAAA